UCUCUCUCUCUCUCUCUCUCUCUCUCUCUCAAUCAAUUGUAUUCCUAUUAAGAUUUCUCCACACAACGAUUUCGAAAUCAAUUGAAGUUGAAGACAUUCAUCAUUAUACAAGUAAAUGGUAUGGCGUGGUUUUUAGGAGUGAAGAAGAAGGAAGGUGAAAGAUGGGCGUAUUAGGGUUCCUGAGGAGAGUGGUAGCUGCAACUAUGGGCUGUUUUCUCGGUUGUUUUGGAGUGAAAGACUCGCACUCUCGUCUCAAAACAACUCCCGAGAAGGAGCGCCUUGUGUAUCGCGAUAGGAAUGCACUGUCAUCGCUAUUUGUUCCCGAUGGUUAACUAGACUCAGAAGAUGAUUUAAUUCGAAAGACUGAGGAAAGUUGGGGUCCAAUGUCUGAAGCAAUUGAUAUUAAGGAGCUCAAGGAUGAGGCCAAGUUCCUGAAAGCAUGUGGAACUUUGCUUGAGACUCCUGUUGAAAUUCAUAAAGUCUCUCGUAAAAGGCUGGAUACAGAUGCUCACAAAGAAGAACUCAAUCCAUUGAUGACCUGUGCAUCCAUUGAGAAACUGAAACUAAAGGAUCCACUUGAUGAAUCUUCAACGCCUGUUAAAACUUGUGGAAAAUGGGUAACUGGUGAAGGUUUUUUGAAACUCUACAAUGAUAAAACUGAAGUUUCUGCUCAAGACACUCUAAGCAUCGGAAGACGCUUUCUGAGGUAGUUGCUAAACUGUACCAAUGCUUCUCCUGCUCGGGAUCCAGGAACUCCGGCCGGUAUGUUUAUGUAGUUAUUUAGACAUUUAGUUAAUACUAAUAACUGAAGAUUAUUUUCAUGCUCAAAUUUAAUGCACGGGUUCUUAGAACCACCUUCUCCCCCUCCCUACAAAAGCACACAACAAUAUGAAGACUAGUUGCAUAUUAAACUCUCUUUCUGCAAUGUCCUCCAUGUUUGAGCAUCUAUCCCAUGGAUCUUUAAACUUUCUUCGUGUUGUGGUUUGUGUGCUUUUGUUCCAUGCUUAUACCAUGGUUUCUGUGCUAUUAUCUUAUACUUUUGGAUUUGAUUUAACCUUUCAUUUGUAUACUGAUUGAAAUAAUUGAAAAUGAAUUGGAUUUAAAAGGGUAUCUUUUGAGGAGAUAAUGGCUGUUAUGCCAUUUGUGCAAUUGAACUUCUAACAAUCUUGUACAAUUCAUGCCAGAUUUACUCCAGUUACUUUGUUUAUAAACGUUUGCUAUUCAGUACAUUAUCUUUAAUAUCUUACUGUUGUGAGCAGGCAGCUCAGGAUGAUGGGGAAGGGACCAAUAUUUUCUGCCACAAUAUUUGUGAACACAUGUAUUAUGUGCUAUGUAAUGUUGCAAGAAUGAUGAGGUGACAACCUAUUAACUUGUUCAAUCCAAAGCGUGUUUAAACAUCUUCUA